CUCAACUUUCUUCAAACAACAGACAAGAUGGGUUCUACAAAUUUUGACGGAACGAGCGAAAGCUUUCUGCGCUGGUUCAAGUCUUUGCCAGACGCUACAUUCUCCGACGCCAUUAAAAUUGUUGAUCUUCGUGAUCGCAAUGCUGGUCGUGGUAUAAUCGCUCUCGAGGAUAUCCCUGCGGAAACAACUCUAUUUACCAUUCCGAGAAAAGGAAUCAUCAAUGUUGAAACUUCGGAGCUGCCAAAAAAGAUUCCAGAUGCUUUUGAUCUCGACAAGCCUGAUGACGAUGAUGCACCAGGACUGGAUUCAUGGAGUUCGCUUAUCCUCAUCAUGAUUUACGAGUAUCUACAAGGCGAAAGCUCCAAGUGGAAGCCUUAUUUCGAUGUUCUUCCUUCGUCAUUUGAUACGCCCAUGUUUUGGUCUGACAAUGAGCUUGACCAGCUUCAAGCCAGUCAUAUGCGACACAAGAUCGGCAAGGCUGAUGCUGAAAAUAUGUUCCAAAAGACACUGCUUCCCAUUAUCCGAAGCAACGCUGAGAUUUUCAACGCCGGAAACAAGACUGAUGCAGAGCUUAUCGAGAUUGCCCACCGGAUGGGCAGCACCAUCAUGGCGUAUGCUUUCGACCUUGAAAAUGACGAGGAGGAAGAGGAGGAGGCAGAUGGUUGGGUUGAAGACCGAGACGGAAAGUCGAUGAUGGGAAUGGUACCAAUGGCGGACAUUCUGAAUGCCGACGCCGAGUUCAACGCUCACGUCAACCACGAAGAGGAGAGUCUCACCGUGACCAGCUUGAGGCCCAUCAAGGCGGGCGAAGAGAUUCUCAACUACUAUGGCCCUCACCCGAACUCGGAGCUCCUAAGAAGAUACGGAUACGUUACCGAGAAGCAUUCUCGUUAUGAUGUUGUCGAGAUUCCCUGGGACAUUGUCGAGUCAGCUCUGACCUCCAACUUUGGCAUCCCAGGUCAAGUCUUGGAGCAGAUUCGUGGCGCUCUCGAAGAGGACGAAGAAUUUGAAGACACAUUCGUCUUGGAGCGAGGAACAGGCGAGGUCAACUCGGAUGGCACCUUUGCCGAGCCCGCUCGAUUCGAAAGCAUGCCCGAAGAUCUCCAAGAACAACUCAAGACAUUCCUCAAAGGUAUCAAGAAAGCACAACCCGAUGCUAUCCCUGACAAGCGAAAGAGAGACGAGAUCCACCAAGCUGUACUGGCCAAGACACUGGAGGCUCUGGUGGCAAGAUACCCAACGAGCAUUUCCGAAGACGAAAACCUACUCAAGCAGGACCUCAACCAACGAACUCGCAUGGCUAUUGCCGUCAGACUUGGAGAGAAGAAGCUACUUCAAGAAGCCAUUAUUGCAUCUUCUGGAGACGUUGAGAUGACAAUGGACGACGAAUCUGGACCAGCCAAGCGUACAAAGCGAUGACCCAGCGGGGUUAUGUGAUAGAUCUUGUUUCCUCUCCUCUCAUGCAAGAGGUGCAGAAGGCGAUUGCGAACCAUCCGCAAGGCAACAAUUCCAAUCAAAACCACAGUUAUCUACUAUUUAAAUGAUCCAUAUCUUGCACAUAUUGUUUUCCAACUCUUCCUCCUGAUCAGCAACCACAUUGAUGAAGCUCAAGCUACUGAACACCAGCGAGGAUACUGACAAACAAUUGGUCUAGAUCGAUCCAGGCCUGUAAGCCGUUGAGCUUACCGUCCGGCUGAGACAUGAGUAGAAGUCUGCCCAGCUCCCAUACAAGAAAUGCCUCGCUAUACGCGGUUCCGCACUCGCAUCGCAAAAACGUCACCGGAGAUGCAUGAUAAUGUUGAACCACGAGUCCACCAACUUGAUGGCCUCGCUGUGAGUUAUUCGAUCGACGACCUGUCUCAGUUACAUUCAACCAUCUUACGGUGUACGCCACCCCCAAAGAGUUGCAAGCGAGCAGUUACUACUCGGACUUGAAUGAACCCGAACUCAACACCAUCAGAGAAGAGGCUUGAGCAUUGGUUGCUUCGAGUCACCUGUCGAGGUUCCCACACGACCAAGACACACAUGUCUUGCGGAGACACCGACGUCCUCUGGCCUCAGAUGCAAUUCAGCUCCUAUCAUCGCAUAAAUCCAACGUUGCCAAGUCGCAAGUCACCAGAUAAUCAAGGGUUAGCGCCAACAACUGAUCGACAUCAAGAUCUAAUCUCACCCAUUGGCCCGC